UUCGGAUUCCCCCUCCAAGCUGCCGCCGCCCGUUGCGACUCCUCCGCACUCGACCACCUCCUCGCCGCCGGCGCCGCCAUCAACACCUCCAGCGGCUUCUACGGCACCGCAACCCAGGCCUCCGCCGCGAAGGGCGAGCGCGGCUUCGUGUGCCUGAACCUCCUCCUCAAAGCUGGUGCCGACCCGAACAUCCCGCUCGGCUACUUCUACACGCCGCUGCAAGCCGCCUCGCGCGCCGCGCAUCUUCCGUCGAUUCAGAAGCUGCUCGAGGCGGGGGCUGACCCGAGCCCAGAGAGACCGGGUGGGCCGUUUGGGACGCCGCUGCAUGCAGCGACGGCGGGGGGGCAUGUGGAGGCGGUGAGGUUGCUGUUGGAGGCGGGGGCGAAUAAGACUAUGAAGGCGCGUUGCGGU